AAUAAAGAAGCUUGAAAAGAAAUAAAGAUUUAAAAAAAAAGAAAGAUACAAAAAAGCCAUUGCAUCAACCUUAUUAACUCCCAACAGACUUUUAAAAAUAAAUAAACGUAAUAAAAAAAAACGCAGCAUCGCAACACCUGAUCUCUUUCCGAGCAGGUGUUGACAGUGCUCGAGAUAAUGUGGCGUUCUCAGUCCCGCGUUUUACUCCGUUAACCGCAGUUUCCUUCGUUGCGUUGGGUUGUGGCGUCCAUCGACUCAGGACUUUCGAUAACUUCAAUUUUCUCUCUUAUUUGUUUGUUUCUUAAACUUACAUUCUCUGUUUCUUGUUGGAGAUAAGACGUGGCGAUGGAAGAUCAGAUGUAUUUUUCGAAUUUGGCGUCCUACGUCUUAAGGCAAUUGAGGCGUUUCAAGGUGUUGAUCAAAUGUUGGGCGGCAAUGAUGCUCGUCGCGGCCUUCCUUCACUGCUCGGGGCUGCUUGCAACUUUUCUGCAGCAGAGUACAGCAGACACGGGCGGUACGGUCGCAAAGGGGGGCCCUGGUUUCAAUAGACGCGGCGCCCGUAACCAUCCGCAUCGAGGACCUUGGCAACGCUGGAGGCAAGAGGCAAAACGUUUUUCGUGUUUAUUUAGAACAGAUUCAAUAAAUUAUUUCCGUUUAGUGUGACAAAUGUUGACGGAUGAGUGAUUCUUCAUUGUAAAAUAUGUGAUU